AUGGCCGGUAUUGAGAGGCUCGAAGUCCACAGCAAGUCGUAUAUUGUGCGCUGGGUACGUGCCGACGCCGGCUCGACUCUCUCAUGGAGCGUUCAGCCUCAUAAGAAGUCCAUUUAUUUUGGCAUCUUUAGGCACCCCGGCUCCGGAGCCACGACCCUAGUCUCCUCCUCUGCCGACGAGGGCACCCUCCCCCCCGAAAUCGAUGAGGGCAAAGCGAACAAAAGCAAUAAGAAAGACACGGCUCAGGAAAUCCUGUUGAACAAGGGCUUCAAACUAGUAAGAUGGGUCGGCAAAUGCGAAGCCGACAAGGUCUCAAUAGGCACAUACGAUGUCCUUGAUGGGCAAGGUGGCAUGUACGGUCUUGUCUUUGACAAUACAUUUUCUAAGCAGACCUCCAAGACUGCCACCUUUGUCGUCCUCACGUACCCGACCGGCGCGCCUCCUCAAGGUGCCACCACCAUUCCAAAUCUACAGGUCCCCAAAACCAGAGAUAGUCAGUCAAGUCUUGGCAAGAGUGGUGCCUUGACGCAGGAUGCAGACCCUGGUGCAUCUGUUGACAGCCUUCAUAACCCGGAUGUAACCGGCCGCCCAAGAUCGGCUUCCAACAGAACUGAUGGCAAUGCUGCGUCUUACCACGUGGGCACGCUCUCCAAAAGAAGGAGAAAGAAGGGUCAGGGAUAUGCACGCCGCUUCUUCUCCCUCGACUACUCGACCUACACACUCUCAUACUACUAUAACCGCAACUCCUCUGCCCUUCGUGGCGCCAUUCCGUUGAGUCUCGCAGCGAUUGCCGCGGACGAGAGACGCCGCGAAAUCAGCAUCGACUCUGGCGCCGAGGUCUGGCAUCUGAGAGCUCCCAACGCCAAAGAGUUUCAGGACUGGGCCUACGCGCUUGAAAAAGCCAGUCGUGCCGCUCGAGGUCUUGAAAGCAAACCUACGCAGACGUCUGCCAAGUCCAGGGUCCCCAGGACACGCGCUGCUGCCGGCCGACAACAUGCUCCUGGUCAGGAGGAGGAUGCCGAAUGGCAAGAGGUCGAAACUCUCGUCAGCCGUGUCGUAGGUACACGAGAUGCGCUUCGCCGCCUCACCAAAGAGGUUGCCGCACUACCUAAGCCUGUUGCAAGCCCUUCUGCGCUCUCCCCCAACACCGCGGCCGUUGGUGAGGAUGGCGAGAGCUACUUCCCUGCGGCUGAGAAGAAGUCGUUCUGGCGACGCAAGUCUAGCGCGCCUGGAAUGUCGCCGGCUCUUCAACAGGCCACGGCUUCCGCGUUGGCUGUUCCGGCGCCGGGCAGUGCGGCUGCCCUGGAUACUAACGGAUCCAAGGCAGCCAAGAGAAGAUCAAAGAGCGCUGUUCAGGAGGAAGAGAGCCUCCAAGGUCAUUGUCAAUCACUUCUCGCAGACUUGGACUCGGUUGUUGCAGAAUUCACCAGCCUGAUCAGCACCAGCAAGAGACGGCGCAUGGCUAGUGCCGCACCCGACCAAGCCACGUCUCGACUGAGCAUGGAAAGCAUUGCAUCCACAGUUGACGAAUUUUUCGACGCCGAGGAUGCUAGAUCAAGGGUUCUCAAGAUCAAUGAGAGCGACGAGGAAUCGGCUGCCGAAUCUGAGGAAGAUGAAGAUGAUGGCUCUUCCGUCUCUUCAAUGGAAGCUGAAGAUGCCAUUGGUCCCGACGGCACAAAUCACCUAUACCCUAUCAAGUCAAAGACUCUCGCACCUCUACCCCUGACGGCAAAAUUGGGCCGUCGACAAACGAUUCCUCCCGCAACUGUACUUCCGCCAAGCUUAAUCGCCUUUGUCAGGAAGAAUGUUGGGAAAGAUCUCAGCACCAUCAGCAUGCCAGUAUCUGCGAACGAGCCGCUCUCCCUGCUGCAGAAGCUAUCCGAGCAGCUCGAAUACGCGGAGCUCUUGGACCAGGCGUCCAAGAUGGCGGCCCCCACCGAGCGCCUGACGUACGUCACAGCUUUUGCCAUUUCACAGUUUAGCAGUGGUCGGGCCAAGGAGCGUGCUAUCCGAAAGCCUUUUAACCCUCUUCUUGGCGAGACCUUUGAGCUUGUUCGCGGAGACGACGAAACGCCUGGUGGCUUUAGACUCUUGGUCGAAAAGGUGCAGCACCGUCCCGUCAAGCUAGCCAUCCACGCCGAAUCUGCCCACUGGUCGCUAGCCCAAAGCGCUGCACCCGGACAGAAGUUCUGGGGCAAGAGUGCAGAAAUUACCACCGAUGGCCGUGUGCGCGUAGCACUGCGUCUUGCUGACGGAAAAGACGAGCUGUACUCCUGGAACAUUGCCAACAUGUUUCUGAGAAACGUCGUCAUGGGCGAAAAGUAUGUGGAGCCUGUAGGCACCAUGACUGUUACCAACGAUUCGACAGGCCACAAGGCCAGCAUCGAGUUCCGCAGCAAGGGCAUGUUUGGCGGCCGUUCCGAGGAUGUGCACGUCGAAAUUCUCAACCCCGACGGCAGCGACGCGGGCACAGGCCUGGCUGGCACUUGGACCACGAGCCUUCACAAGUCGGGCAAGGGCAAGCACGGCGGCGGCAGCGGCGGCGAUGCGGUGUGGCACGUGGGCGGGCUGGUGGAGAAUGCGGCGCAGACGUACGGGCUGACGCGAUUCGCGGCGACGCUCAAUGAGAUCACGGCGAUAGAGCGGGACAAGAUGGCGCCGACAGACAGCCGGCUGCGGCCGGAUCAGCGCAUGGCCGAGGAAGGCGCACUCGACGACGCCGAAGCGUGGAAGCUAAAGCUGGAGGAGGCGCAGCGCGAGCGCCGCCGGCAGCUCGAGGAUAGCGGCGAGGCGUACGCGCCGCGAUGGUUCGUCCAGGUCGCGGAGGGUUGCGAUGGCGGUGAAGGGGAGGAGUGCUGGCGCAUCAAGACGGGCAAGGACGGCUACUGGGAGGAGAGGGCAAAGGGGUCGUGGACAGGCGUGACGGAGAUUUUCAAAGUAUAA